AUGAAGUCCAAGUUCCGAAAGGGGCAGAGUCAACUCUUCGCGGGGCGGCUCCGGGUCAAGGCUUUCUGCUCGUUUCUAAAGCGCCUGUGGCGUUUCCGAACCCCUGAGUCACAAAACAGCCACGCCGCGUCCCCGGGGCCAAGCCCCCAACCUUGUCUUCAGAGUACAGGCGAGGUCGGCGAUGUGAGGGCUCGUGGCGGCCGCCGUGAGAUGUGGGAGGUCCGCAAGGGGGAUCCUGUACCCCCGAAACGAAAGCGCACGAAGCCUAGAAACCCGAGUCAAAGUUACCAGGAUAAGUUGAGAGCCCCUUCUUCCGCUCCCUUCGAUAGCUCAGCUGGUAGAGCGGAGGACUGUAGACGAUUGUCCGCGGCCAUCCUUAGGGUCACCUUCACGCUGACCCGGCUGCGUGAGAUACCCCAGCUGCUACUGUGA